AUGUCCCUUACUUCUGCCCUCAGGCCUGUGGCCCUCACAUUCGGCGCAGGAUCCAGACGAGAGGAUGCGACGGCCGAAGUCGAGCACACGCGACCGUUCCGACAUGAGAUUGACUACCUCAAUCUGCAUAGAACCCUCAUACGCUUCCAACACCUUGUUCUUCUGGCGCCUUCGCCAACCUCUCAGGAAUUGACGGAACUGACAACCCUACAAAGACAAGUACAAGCAGAGUUAUGGUCUCCUUUGCCAUAUCACCGCACGAAAUGGCUGCGCAAUGUCGAAGGGGCGCGGACUCUGCUGCUACACUUAGAGCGAAAGGCACAGACGAUCAGAGUACAACGGACCAAAUACGAAGCUAUCAAGGACCUAGCGGAUAAGAGAGCCAUCAUCAAAAAGUUGAGAAGCCGGAUUGAAGAGAUUGGACGUGAAGUCGAGAUGAUGGGCAAAGAGGCUUGGAAGGUGCCUGUCACGAACAACGAAGCCGGCGAUACACUUUACGACGUACUCCAACAGCAGAGUCGACCCCAUGGGCAACGAGAAUCUCAGACUGCACCGGACGACACGCUUCGGGAGAGCAAGCCCAUCGCGCAAGUGGAAGAGGAUGGCGACGAAGGAGAUAAAGAUGGAACAGACCAGUUGUUUUCCUCAUCCACUCUACGGCGGAGGGGCAAAGAUCCAACGGAGACGGCGAGGAUCUCCGCGACCCAGGCGACAGGCUUUUCGAAUGCAUCAGCUACUGAGAGAUCAUUGCUAAACUCAUCUCGGGUACAAGAAAACAUUUCGGCAUCGAUGGUCAGUAUGGCUGUCCAAUUGAAACAGCAGGCACAAGCAAUGCAAUUCUCUCUACAACAGGACAAGAGCAUCCUCGGCCGUGCAAUGGAAGGGCUGGAUGUAAGUGUCAGCUCGAUGGAAGCCGCCAGCAAGAAUCUUGCAUUCCUGAGACGAAUGAGUGAGGAGGAGGGCUGGUUGGGAAGAAUGAAACUGUACGCCAUGAUAUUUGGAAUGUGGAUCGUCGCAUUCUUGUUGGUCUUUGUUGGACCGAAGAUCAGAUUGUGA